AGCGGCCCAUACACGCUCAAAUUUUUUGUCAAAUUUUUUGAUGUCAAAUUAUUUGACAUGAAUUUGAUCGUGUGUGGCAUAAUUUGAUGGCCUAAAAGGUUUGAUGUCAAAUCUUUUAAUCAUCUGAUUUCAGUAGAUAUUUUUUUAUUUGACAUCAAAUAAUUUGUGCGUGUGUGGCAGCUAGCAAUAGUUUGCGCAAAUUAGUUAGUGAUUGGACAUAAUCAGAGGAGGACGUGCACGGCUCAUCGUCAUCAUGGCUCCAUCGAAACAGGAAAAGAAAUUUCUUCUUGAGCUUAUUGAUGUAUAUAGAAGUUUACCACAACUUUGGAACGUUAAAAGUGACUGCUAUAGUGACAGAAAUAAAAAAGAAAUGGGUUAUGAGACUCUGUUACAGAAAUUCCGUGAUUAUUAUCCGGAAGGGACGAAGGAGGAGCUGAAGAAGAAAAUCAACUCACUGCGGACGAGCUUCCGAAAAGAAUUAAAAAAAUUCAAAGACUCAAGCAGAUCUGGAGCAGGAGCAGAAGAAAUUUAUGAGCCGUCAUUAUGGUGUUUUGAUGCUCUUUUUUUCCUGAUUGACACGGAAACACCGGCUUCUUCACGAAGCACAAUACAAUCGAGUGAAGAGGGACAAAAUGAAGAGAUUGGCGAUGACCAGGAAGGCACAGCCAUACAAGAAAGGGUAGAUGAAAGUACGAACCUACACACUGUUCCAGCUCAACCUGCAAAGCGUAAGAAAUUGGCAAAGUUUUCUAAUCGCCAAGACGAACUGAUAGGCCUAGCAUGUGAACAUCUUCAGAAACCUGAAAAUGAAUUUCUCACAUUGGCUAAAGCUUGGGCCAAUGAUUUAUCUAAAAUGGAUCCUAAGCAAUUGUUACUUGCAAAGAAGGGAAUAAACGAUAUUAUCUUCGAGGGACUUUGUGGAAACCUGCAUCGACAGUCUGUGCAGAUAAAUCCCAUCCCAAGUAGUGAUACCAGUGAAUAUGCACCAAGUCCCUAUGGGUCUAAUUCCAACCCACCCUUCAGCAGUACGAUGGUUCAUCACAGUGAUUAUAGAGAUGCUGUACCACAACAAUACCCAAACAUGGCUGCAAGGAACUGUACACCUAUGUCACACAGUUCGGUGACGGAUAAUUCGGGUAAUGCUGUAGAUGGAACAAUUGAUGCAGGAAAAUAUUUUGGUAACUUUAACCCAAAUGCAUAG